ACAGAGGAGCUGCAGGGACUGCAGGGCAACGUCACAGUGAGCCAAGAGGGCACUGAGAGACAAUCACGAGGGAAAGUGAGGGAGCAGAGGGACAUUUAGAAAGAAAAGAACAAGUAGAGAGUAAAUGAGAUCGAGUGUCAGAACUCAGGAGACGAGAAAACGAGAAGAAAGACAGAGGUGAAGAGACAGUGAGAGAGAGACAGAGGAGAAGAGAGACAGAGAGAGAGCUCUGAGUUGCUUCGAGAAGUUGAAGCUGAUCAUCAUGACUGGAUCCCUGGGUUCACUCAUCCUCCUGCUGUGCUGUCUGCCUGUAGCAGUGAUGUCUCUGACGUGUUACUCAUGCGUGUUUCCAGCCAUCUCUCCACUUGACUGUCUUAAGUUUCCUCAGGAGUGUCCUGCUGGUCAGCGCUGUCUGUCCAGUGUUGCUACAGGGGUCAAAGGUUCUAUCAGUAUAGUCCUCCAUGAGAAGAGCUGUGCGGUUCCGUCUCAAUGUGGUCUCAGUGGAGAGAAACACGCUGCAGGGCUGAACUUCACCUACAAGAACGUCUGCUGUGACACCGACCUCUGCAACUCUGCCGUGCAUCUCGGCGCCCCCUGCUGGGGAGACCGGCUGCUGCUGAGCCUCCUCGGUGUGGCCCUCCUCCUCCUGCUGGCCUGAGUCUCUUCAUCCGUAAUGUUAAAGAAAUGAGCCCGCUUUUCUCCUCCUAAAGUCCACCUGAUGCUCCUGUAUCGCACCGUCAGCGCAGAUGACACGUUUCUCUGUACACAGUAAAAGAGCCGAGAACCUCCUCACUCGCCCACACUAUGCGUCCAAAAGUCUGUAGACACCAGCGUUUCUUCUGAAAUGAAGGGUGUUUAUAGGGAGUUUGUCCUCCUUUACUGCAGUGACAGCCUCUAAU